AUGUUCCCUGCAGCCAAGAGGUGGCAAAGACCUGAAAGGACCUCAGGCGGACCCUUCAAGAAGAAGAAACCAUUCUCUGGCGACGACAGUAAAGACACAUUUGGUUCCAAGUCACCUCAUAGGUCUGGUCCAAGAGGGAAACCCAGAGACCGAAUGGGGGGUGACGGGGACAGGAAAGAGGGAAAGACAUUUGGGAAUGGAGGCAAAUCUUUUGGAAAGAUGUCACCGGGGGGCAAGAGGUUUGGAGGGAAGAAAUUUGGGGAUGGGGACAAGCGGUUUGGAGCGAAGAAAUUCGGUGACGGAGUUAAGAGAUUUGGAGGGAAGAUGUUUGAUAGGGGAAAUAAAUUUGGGGGUGGUGGGGGUUCUACGUUUAAGGGCAAACCUCAUCAUGGUGGUUUGAAGAAGGGUCCUGGGGGGGCGGGGGGGGCGAAGGGGGGCUUCAAACAGAGGAAGUGGAAGAGCUGA